UUUUUUCCUAGUUUGUAAUGUUCUAUUUCUGUGUAUUUCCUUCUUCUUUACUCUUCUUCUUCUUCUUCUUCUUCUUCUUCUUUUCCUGGUUGCUGGUAAUUAUAAUAUUACCAGGUUUUACUAACAUCCACUGUUGAAUUGAUCAGGAAUGAAGAAAAUACUGAGGGGAUUCAUGACCAUGGUCUCUUCCAUGAUUCCAUCAGCAAGUCCUUACAUUUUCAACUUUGGUUCACUCUAUGCGGCUUUACAGUGAAGCCAUGUCAUUUACUGCCUCUUUUAAUGUGAAUGUUACCGAUAUCUAUCCGUAUUUACCCUGUAAGAAAGGGGAGAGAAGGGCACGUUGGUGAAGAGAAGCCCUUCCUAAAGAGAUGAUGGGCAAAGAAAAAGGAACCCCAGCUACCCCACAGACUCCCAAAAGAACAACCAGAUCCUCCUCCACAACACCUUCAAAACACACCCUCAGAACUCCAAAGACAAGUGAUCCUGUCCCCCCAUCUACAUCAAGUGAUCUCUUAUUCUCGGAAAAAUCCAUCAGCUUGGACAAUCUGCUCUCUAGUUUCCCAGGUAGACGACUCCAAAUCCUCGAGUUAUUGCGCUUGAUUGGGCCUCUGAAUUCCCCCAUGAUCCCUUUCCUCAUUUAUGGUGGUGUUUCUACUGGCAAAACCAGUGUUAUCCUUCAAAUUUUUAAGCAUCUAAACCGCCCAUUUGUUUAUUCAAGCUGCCGGUCUUGUUACAAUCCUCGAAUCUUGUUCGAAUCUGUGUUGAAUAAGUUGUUGGCUCAUCAGAGAAAUGCGAGCAAUGGUUAUUCCAGUGCCAAGCGCUGUGAAAAAGUUGCUGAUUUUGUCAAUCUUCUUAAAGAAGCAUUGAUUCGGGUAAUAGAUGGUAUCAACGGAUGUUCGAAGAAGUCAGGUUUGAAGGAGACAAUGAAGCAAGGCAGCGGAAGGAUGGUUUACUUGAUAUUUGAUAAUGUGGAGCUUCUUCGAGCUUGGGAUAAGAAUUCGAGCAUGAUUUCUACAUUGUUCAAUAUCUCAGAUAUUCUGAAAAUGCCUGAAGUGGGUCUGAUUUUUAUCAGCGGCACCUCGCCUGAUACAUAUUACUCGAAUACUGGUUUUCCAGAUCCUCUUCCUGUUUUCUUCCCUGAUUAUACAGAAGAUGAUCUUUAUCAGAUCUUCAUGAGAAACCAAGCAAACCCCAAGCUGUAUUCCUCUUUUCUGGAUGCUGUCCUGAAGCCUUUCUGUAGAAUUACUAGACGGAUCAAUGAACUAUCCAUUGCUUUGUCACCAUUAUAUCAGAAGUAUUGCGAACCCUUGAGUGACAUGGAACUUGUUCCUGAUGAAAACACGAAGAGAAGGCUGUUCAGUCACCUUCAGCCACACAUAACUAAUUCUUUGAACCAGAUUUUCAAGGUUCCUUCUCGACCUUCUCUUGAGGUUAACAAGGAGAAAGUCAAGCGAAAGGGGAAUAUGACGAAAUUGGCUGGUGGGGAAGGCUGCAAUGAGCUUGAUUUUCAUAUGUCCAUCUCAGCGAAAUAUCUUCUUAUUUCUGCAUUCCUUGCUUCAAGAAACCCUGCUACCCUCGAUGCUGCACUGUUUGACUCAACUGGAGGGGGUGACAAUCGAAAGCGCAAGAGGAAGAGCUCGGCAACAUCCAUAGAGAAGACAGAUAAUGCAGCGCAAGAAAUGCUGAUGAAAGGACCUGGCACUUUUCCAUUGGAGAGGUUGUUGGCCAUAUUUCAAUGUAUCACAUCCGUGGCAGAAGGCUAUCUUAAGGAUGACCAGCAAAGUGUGUCAGUGAUGGAAGGCAUGGAUGUUGGUGGACUUAUGUCUGACGUUCUAUUGCAAUUGUCUACUCUCUGCAAUGCUAAUUUUAUCAGCAAAGGCAAAAGCUGCCCCCUGGAGGGGUCUUCCCGCUACCGAUCUACAGUGGAUGAAGAAAUGGCUUUGAAGGUUGCGAGGAGUGUCAACUUCCCUCUGUCGAAGUAUCUUUACAGAAGAUGAUCAGCGAAAUGCUUACCUACCUUUAGUUUGAAGAUCAGGCGUUGGAUGUGAUGUUGUUGGCUGCUGAGGGAGUGGUGUCAGAACGUUCAACAGUCUUCUUGCUCCUGUGCCCAUAUGAGGGGACGAUUCGUCAUGGGCUCUAUGCUGAUUGCAUGGAUUCCGCCCUUCUGUGAAGAAAGGCAGCAGCAUAACUUAAAUUCAAUUGAAGAAGCAUGUGGAAUGAUGCUGGUGGCAAUGUUAGUUAUUCACUUAUUUGUAAUCUUUUAAUUCUAUCAUGGAUGGAUGGAUGUUUCUGUUCAAUAUUAUGAAAUUGGCCCAUUUAGUGAUGAUGGCCCUUUGGUGGUUGGCUAAGAUCUUCUGUGAUGUCUUUUAUUCUUUGGCAGCUUGUGUUAAAUGGGGAGGCCUAACUCCAUUUUACGUAUGGAUUAGCUAUGUUUGGUGUAUUAUGUAAUCUUAGAUAAUCUUGUAUAUUUCUCAAUUGUUGUGUCA